AUGCGAGACCUCUACCUUCUCCAGAAGAGCUUCGUUGGGACGUGAGUGAUGAUCUCUGGUUUGAAUGGACGUUUGUGGAAAACAUUUAUUCGUUUUUUGUGCUGCCGUAAAGACAUGUCAAGCUCACAUCCGCACCAGAUAAUUAAGUCCUCAACACAGUUUAAACAGCUGCAUUCGGGUCUCAGAACGCAGUGAACGUUGUCAAACCAAUGUAGAUUCCAUAGGGGACCAGGCCUAACUCCCUCUGAUCCAUCCAAAUCUACUUUAUCCUUCGAAACGCCGGCUGGAACUCGUGUCUUCCACGUUCAGAAGAAGUAAUAAAGUCGUUGGGGAAGAUAGCAUUACAUCUUUCUGCAAUAAUACAUGAAAACCCCUUUUGCAUAAACUGUCAGUAAAAUCUCUGAAAAAAACGAAGUAUCAUGCUUUAUGAACGGACAUUCUACAGAAAGGCAUGUCCUUCGAGAAGGAAUAAGAAUUAGUUAAAUGAGCCGACGUUAUCGAAACCGUAUUUGUCAGCAGGUGAAGGGUCCGGCUAAUCCUCCGAAAGUUCUCUGUCGUUAAGCUUACGUGCUAAGAUAAUCUUGACCGGAUUAUGCAGGAAUGGUUCGUAACCGAGGAUGCUGUAAAAGAAGACUAGGGGCACCGGAAUGGCCGAUCAUGACUUAUCAGACGUUAUAAACUGUAUUAACAUACUCUCCCAAUAUCUUGAGUUUCAUGCCACAUCAAGUUGUUUAUGCAUGCCUCCAGCCUCGCUUAAAAACAUUUGCUGGUUGACAUUCUCAUCUCCAAUAGCGUUCACUGAAACUGCCUUGCCAAAAUUAAAAAUCGGUUUCUGAAACCAUAUUGCCAGCGCGGAUGAAAGGGCAAAUGUAAUUUCCGAAAUUGGCUAAGUGAUCUUCGUCCUUGGUAUGAUAAGCACGCAUACAUUGGUCCGUGACAGACAGGGUGGAGUGUACUUGAAAAAAGCCUAGGUUUUCCCGGCUCAUUUAAAUGAUUCCACUUGUCAGCGAGCUUUUGUUACUGAUAUUUUGCAUUGCUUUCUACCGCACGUCUUAGAAAAUAAAAUAAUUCAAGGCUAGAUUGCAGUUGUUAGCCAGGCCGCGUAUUACAGGUGGCUGGGGGUUUGUUUACUGGGGCUUUUCUGUGGGGCUACAUAAUCACAUCUGACCCGUUUGGUUUCUGGUUCACUUUUGAGGUUAGGAUUAGGGUAUCUGUUAAUAGUGUCCGAUUUUCGGGUAAGGAUUAUGCCCUUUAGGCUUAGGUUUUCGUGUUACGGUUAGGGUUUGAGUUUAAGAUUAGGUGUCAGUAUUACGGUUAGGUUUUACAGUUAAGCCUAUGUCUAAGGGCUACGGUUACGCUUACGAUUUCGCUUAGGGUUAAGGUUAAGGUUGCCGUUAGGGUUAACGGUUAACGUUAAGGUUACGGUUAGGGUUAAGCGUAGGAUUAUGGUUAAGGUCGCCGUCCGCUUCCCCAUUCCUGACUACCAACUGUGAUCUAGCCUAAUUCAAGUUGCACUACUUUUGGCCUCCGUUUGAUUGUUUGUCCUUCCGAGUUUUUUUCAGUCAUACUAUAUUCCCGUUUCCGGCUUACCUGUGUGCAGUCGCAUAGUAUUUUGUCAGAUUUGAGAUAUUACCGUCUUUUUACCGCGCCUUUUCUUCCGUUGUUUUUUGGCCUUGGAAAAUCAGAUGUCUUGGGUGAGCACACGGUAGUGUCUGUUACAAACGGAAGCUAGAUAAUUUUUUGAAGUAUGAUGGCGCUAAGUGGAUGAAAGCACAAGUUUUUCCAUGCUGGGUACCUGGAUUUUAAAUGUUUCGGAUUUAUUUCCUCGGGACUACAAUCUCACCUUCCACUCAAGUGCUUUUAGAUUUAAUUUUCGUUUACAAGGAAGGAGCUAGUCAGCAGAUGCGAAACAGACGAUGCAGACGAAUGUUAGAGGACGCCUAAUCCAUGGUACUUGUCUAGGAAAGCUCUGCUUUAGAUGUGAACCACACCUCACCCGCAGUUCCCAUCCCAUUCACAUGACGACGACAAUAUACCGUUCUGGCGUGAAGGAAUACGGACAAGGACAAGGGGAACCUGUGAUGCCCAUUUCCGGUUUGUUCGACGUCGUCAGCCAGCCGUACCCAAUCCCUGGUCUGCAGGAACUGUGAUCCAGACUUGGCCUCAUUGGUCACUGAACACUUUAAAGCCUGACGCCCUAUCGCCGAGCCAGAGGCCUAUUGUCUUGUCGGUUCGUUUUCUUUAUAGAUGUUGAAGUACGUUUAGAACUCAAUAAUUGUUUUACGAAGAAUAUAUUUCAAAAAGGAUUUAAAAUGAGUACCUGAAAUUGUGUGUUGUGCAGAGCAUCUUCUUUGAAAACGAAAACUAUUUCCUCUUUCAUCUUUUAAAAGUGCUGCUGGGAAUUGUAAAUGGAUUCUCAGGUUGGCUGAAAAACAUGCGAUAAAAAAAUACAUUAAAUGGAAAAUUUCCCUAUUCGGUUGAAUUGGACGCCUUUAUAAGAGAGGAUAAGUGUUUAAUCAAAAUUGACGAAGUACGUGCAAAAUAUUGCCGUCAUCAAUGAUCUUCUUGUUCAAAUUUACAAAUUGCGCGUUGACUGCACAGUUUUUUGGCAGCGAAGUCGGCGUUAAACUUAAACUAGCUCUUUUACUUGAAAGCAUUCCACGACUGUUAUCAGUAUCGUUUACUUUCUACCAGAGUAACUUAAAGGUUAUAAGUCUACAGUUAGCAUGCUUCAGUAAAUGUAACAGAUGAGCACGCGCCUACACUUCUCUGUCUGAUUAACUUGUGGCUCAUUGGGUCCUAUACAUUCUUGCCUUCAGCCACUGCAAUGCCUGUCGACUUGCCAAACACAUGACUGACGUCGGCUUGCACAAUAGUUGUUAUUUUUAUAGCGCAGUCGCGUAACAAGUAUGAAUAAAUGAUCCUUUGAGAAAGGAAAGGUCUUAAGUUAGUGAACAGCUACACCGUUGCCCGUGGAACUGGCCUAUAAUGCAAGAAUUUAAUCUCAUUCAUCGGUUCGCUACGUUGGUCAGUCUCUUUCAAAAUCCUCCCAACCACUUUGUACUUGAGGAGGAAACUAAAACAUCAUAACUCGACUAGUGGAAGAGGGGCGAUUAAAAGUACAAUCUAACUAUUUUGACGACUUACAGUUUGUUGUCCGCCCUUGUUUUAACAUAUGACCGAUUCGAUGUGGAGAAUCAGCCGAAAACGCCUGCUUCAGUUCUCGUGUGCUAAUUAGUACAGGUUUUCGACUACAAUUUUUCUAUUGUUAUCAGGCCGCAUGUUAGGACCCCACCCCCAGACUGACAUAACAAAAAUAAAUUACUGCUUUCUCCAAUCCGGUUACAGUAGAUGUGCUAACUCAGGAAAUGUCAACCAAAAUUUCAAAAUGUGUUCUCGUUUCGAAAAGAUAAAUUAAGUAGUGUUGUAAAAUUAAUCAUGAUGCAGCAUAAAUCUAUAAUGAUCCAGUUACCUCAGGGUGUCGGCUUUCGAAAGAACUUAUUUUCGGCUGCAUGCACGAUCUAUACUCUGCAAAAAUGACUACUUAUGUAGUAUGCAAUUUUCUCAUUGAUUUUCGAUGCCCUUGUAAAUUCAAUUAUAUUUCAUGGAAAACAUGCAUAAAAAUAUUCAUUCUUUUACUUAUUCGGUAGAAAAUCACAUCUUCUUCCAAGUUCAUACAUAAAAGAAGAGUAUAAUUCGGUGUUUAAAAAGUUUCUAAUUGUGAGAUUUUUUAAUACCGUUGAAUGGCCGUUCAUUAAACGUCAUGUAUCUGCAUUUACGAAUGUAGCUUGUAAAGUUAACGAUAUUGCUCAAAUCCACUAUUACUUUUAUGAACUUCAUAGGGUCUCCUCUUAAGAGCGUAGAGAAAUGCAUGGUUUUCCGUACACGGAAAAUAUACGGCUUGAAGUUUUGAAACCCUGAAUGCAUGUGUAACAGCAGGUCGGGUUCAAAAUUAUUCGGAAAUUAUAAAAGUUUUUUGAAACCUAAUUAUACUUUGAAUUAUACUUUUGAGUAUGAAAUUGGAAGACGACGUGAUUUUCUACCGAAUAAGUAAAAGAAUGAAUAUUAUUAUGCAUGUUUUCCAUGAAAUAUAAUUGAAUUUACAAGGGCAUCGAAAAUCAAUGAGAAAAUUGCAUACUACAUAAGUAGUCAUUUUUGCAGAGUAUAGAUCGUGCAUGCAGCCGAAAAUAAGUUCUUUCGAAAGCCGACACCCUGAGGUAACUGGAUCAUUAUAGAUUUAUGCUGCAUCAUGAUUAAUUUUACAACACUACUUAAUUUAUCUUUUCGAAACGAGAACGCAUUUUGAAAUUUUGGUUGACAUCUCCUGAGUUAGCACAUCUACUGUACAUAGGUAUCAGCAACCUAUAGAAUUAAAAUCAGUAUCGGAAAAUUCCGUCCGUUAUUUUUUGAACUUACCGUUGCAACAACCGGCAUUGAGACGAAGGGUUUUCGCGAAAUGUAGUUAAAACGUGAUUUCUUUUAAAUAUUCUCACAAGUUCUUCGAUCGCAUGUAUUUUUUAAGCAGGCCGAUAGAAGAAUACAAAACUGGGUUUUUUCCUGAAUUCCUGAACCAGGAAAACUGGUUGAAUGCAGAGCUAAUCCUUGUGGAUAAAUCUAGGGCCUUAAGUGAGUUUUUGAGCUAUGAAAAAAGACAGCUGAUACAUGCGCCAUAAAAAGCAAGUAGACGAUGAAAAGGAAUGCGACCAUGCAAAGUCGAGCCUGUACCUAGUUUGUCUGAAAUUUGUGCACUAGUGCCCAUAUUCAUGCGCGCACGUCCUCUGACGUAACUUUCACUGGCCGGAAUCGGUUUGCUGACCAGGGAACGGAAGCCAUCAGUGAGAAAUUUUAAUGAAUCUCAUGUUACUUAGAAGUCCGAUUUUAUCUCGAUUACUUUGAAAUGUCCCCGUCCCAUGGAGUAUAGUGAAAAGACGAGCAUUCUGCUGUCAGCAGGAUGGGUACAAAUACUAGUAGGUACUUUUCAUCUACUAUACAUUCUUCCAGCCCCAACGCCUUUAUUAAAGCCAAUGAUCCGCCUCAGCUGAGUCGACUUGGUUGAUUCACCCCACCGUUUGGCAGUCCCACAACCGACAUAAAAAGUACCGGUCAUGUAGAAAAAUAUCGAAAAAAUGUAAGGACACCGGAAUAGGUAUUUCCGGCUUAUUUGCGGUCAUCAGCUAAUUACACAAUUAACUCAGAUCUGCACUGACAAUGGCUCGAGCCCGCCUACAAAGGUCUUUAAGCCCAACCGGAACGAACAUGUUACUUCCUGCAAUUUGCUCGUGAAGCGCUCCCGAUGUGCAAAAUUGAAAUAAACCGUACUUUUAUCAUAUAAAUGCAAAAGAACCAUGCACCAACACAAAAGAUAAAUUUCAUUAGCAACUUUGUAAAAAUUUCUUUUUUACGCUGUCGCUGAUACGUCUCUAAGGCAGGAAUUCACAAUCUAAGAAUUUAAGCGAAAUUUGACGGUCAUUUCUUGGCCAAAAUCUCCAGUGCUAUUUGACUGCUUACGAAACAGUUAUUUUUGUCACCUUUUCAGGGGCUGGCAUGGCAAGGGGCUGCAAUUAUUUUUGCUCCCCGUCAGCUGUUGCCAUCUGCCAUUUGGGACAAUUAGCCCUUUCCUAACGAUGGUAUUUAGGGAUAAUUUACUAAGGGGGCUCUCAAAUUUGCAAUUUUGACAGCUGGUUCCACUGGAAAGGAGCAUUCAGUAGCUGAUAUUUUUCUGGCAAGGCCGCCGUGACGUAGUAAUAUUGCAGUCCCAAUGCGCCUUGUGUGCGCACCUGAGUUGUGAUUUUAGAUGGUGGAGAAAGGGUGAAAUCUAGUUUUCGAAGAGAGCGUCAACAAAAUCAUCCGAAAAAGUAGUCAACGUACCGCAGAGGUAAAGCAAAAAUACAAAUAGUCGUUCAUAGAAAAAUAGCAGGGCAGCAUUUACAGCUGUUUUGCUGCAUACGCCACAUAUUUUAGUAAGCUGCAGUUUAGGCCCAUGAGAUGACUUCACCCUGGGAGGGGUCGUGUCUUUUAGAGUUUUAGUGAGAAAUAUGCCAGAGUACACUGCGAAAACCUCCAGCUUCUUGAUUUCCUAAACUAACUAUUUGCGUCCCUGUCCCUCUCCGAAUACCACACAGCAUACUUUCCCCGAUCGCUCUGAAGGUACCCACGCCCCUAUGUCGCCUUUAUUCCUCGUAGUCUCUGGGCUGACGUCGAUGGUGGUGGUGGUGGUGGUGGUGGUGGUGGUGGUGGUGGUGGUGGUGGUGGUGGUGGGGGAGAAGAAGAAGAAGAAGAAGUAUCCAGGUUACUGAUGUAGAUUGUCCUCGUCGACACUGAUCUGGAUCCGAGGGAAUUCAACAAAGCCAAUGGGGGCUCCGAAGGUCCGUUGGCAAUGUGCGCAAUGUGAAAUUCGGUGUUGGCAUAGUUAGUUUGAAGCACUUGAGUUUUGCGAGCUUCCUUUUUAGCCUCGAAAGUGGUUAUUCAGUAGGCUUGCAGAAUGGCUGUCCCAGUCUAUGCAGCAGAGCGCCAGACCUGCCGAUCUUGAGCAACGUCCUCCUAGACAUCCUGGUGGAUUUGCAAAUGCUUGGUAUAGGUCUUCGGGAUAUCUUUGUAGCUGAAUUUUUGUCUUUCUUGUCUUAAAGCACCCGCAGCCACUCCGCCGUAAAGGAGUCGUUUGAGCAAGUGCCGGUCAUCUAUACUCAUGAAGUGGUCGCUCCAGAGCAGUUGUAUGUGCCUCAGUAUGGCGUGGAUACUGAGUAA